UGGAAAUUUAAUUUCACUGUUUGAAAAAUGUUUUCCGACUGGUUCUUUUUCCGUUUCCGCUUAUUGAUCCUUUUCAAUCUGAUCUGCUUUUCCUCUUCCGAUGUAAUCAGUCAACGUUUGUUUUUCGUCGUUGGAACAAGUCCGAAUUUGGCGCUAGCCCCGCCAACAACGGAAUUUCUCCAAGAUUUUUAACCAGCAGUAAUAAGUUGGCGUGUCGCCAGGGGCGUUGUAAAAAUCUCGGUUCGUUUGCUCCUUUUUUGUUCCACGCGAGCCUUCAAUCCUCUAAACGUCACCCGAUUUCAACAUGGAUAUGGAGAUAUAUAAACGAAAAGACUAGCUGCCUCGUGUCGUCAUUUCAAGCCAUGCUACAAGUCGUCACGAUACGUGGUACAAUAAAGUGCCAGGGAAAGAAAGAGCUCUAUCGGAUUGAUGCCCGUUCGAAUACGCUUCGCGCAGUUUGUCUAUCGGUCGGCGUUUGAUAUUAGGGUUCUUCGAUCUCCUGCUUGUCUAGCUGGGUUCUUUGACUCGGUUAGUUAUUUGGAAGCCGUUACCCAGCGUAUUUGCGCCAGCUCAACACCGACUACUCGGUGGCUGCUGGUUUGUAGACUUGCCAUGGUAGUAUUGUUGGGCCCUUCCUGUUUUCCUAUAUUUGCUCCCAAUAGCUGGACGACUCCGCGAACUGUCUUCGAAAAUACAGCAGUGGCGACCACACUUUCGACUUCAGCACCAGCUUCAUCUUCUUCUCCUAUUACACUUCAAUAGGAAAAAGCCCGUCGCCAAGUGACCUAGUGAAGUGCACCGACGAUGACGGGGGGAGAAAAGAGAGCGACGUCAAACCAGCGUGUUGCGGUGGCUACAGUAACCCCAGCAGCCACAAGUCAUAACAGCCAGCUUCAGAAUCGAACUGACUGCAAUACCGUCUGCUAAAACCACUAUAGCACCGAUGGGGUGAAAGGGAAAGGGGGAGAGGGCUCGUGCGGGUGUCUAUUUAUUUGCUUGUCUAUAUGUGUGUAUGUACCUACGUCUGCAUGUGCGAACGACACGACCGUCGUUCUGUUAACGUCUUCGGCGGCCCCGCAGGCCCCGAACAUGUUAGAAUGAUGGCGAUAACAACAACGACGACGACGACGACGACGAUGAUGAUAGUAAUGCGGACGGUAAUCGCAACUCCGGCUGACGAUGAGCGAAAACGUAACGUACAACGGAAUCGAGCCUGACCGACGAGGCAGCUACGGCAACGGCGAGUGAACGGUUUGUUUGGUGAGUCAUGGGCUUGCCGAACAGACGCCUGUUGGUGGACACCGAACGUAAGAAGCACUAGUGGCUCAUAGGCCAAUGUUGAAACUCCAAUCAGUCUGUGCAGCUUACUGCGAAGAAGAAGCACCUAAACCGGACGGAAAAGCCAGUCAGCAGCAAUAACGCAGUUCAAAUGAUGACUGACUUCUUAGCUGACUUCGUUUACUGUAGAGGAACAGCUGCAUCUGCGAGGAGGAUCGACAGAGGCGGCCACAGCUGCGACAGGGUGUCGUAGGAGGGUAAGGGCACACGCGUUCCGACCACUGUUUCCAAGUCGGCUUCGAGCUGUGAACGAUUCUGCGCUCUGCACAAGCAACUGUUUCGGUAGCAGUAAUAGCCGAACGCACAACUGAGAUACUGACGCUCGACGUAGCGACGGAACGAAUAAAUCGGUCUGCACUGCAUUCAGGUUUAAAAGCGUUAUACUGACUGUCGUGUGGCGUCGCAUUUAUUGGCGCAACGAAGUGCGGCCGCACUUCGCGCACUAACCCAUGUGGAAUAUGUACUCGUGUGCAGAUCGCAGAUUAUAAUUGCUUGAGGGGUUUGUUAUUAUAUUUCCGUUAAGGAUUCACAGAGUGCGCGAGAGCAGGCAUAGAGUACGCCUGAAAAAAAGCCUGCUUGAAAAGGCAAACAUCUUUUGGCGUUGUAAAGACGCCAAGAAAGCUGUGCCUUGAUAACCUUUUGCGUUUUGCCGUGAAUUCUGUGCUAGUAGUUCUCAAUCGUGUGUUCCAGUGUUCCGCAGAGUUUGUACAGCUCUAUAUUUAGGAUUUACCAAGGAUACUCAGAAUAACCGGCGUUAACAAAUGGAUACGAGACCCACGCGGCAAAAACGACGAAGCGUCAUUUACCUAUUUAUACUGCUUUUAUCAAAAUUGUCCAUCAUUGAGGGAACCCAAUGGGAUAAUGCUCUCUCUAACGGAAUUGAACCGGAAACUCGUCUACAAGAUGUCCAGGUCGCCUGUGGAAAGCGACACAUGCGAGUCCAUUUGGAUUUUGGUCCUCAACCAUUUCGGGGUUUGGUCUUUUCAAAAGGCCAUCAUGGUCAUCCCGAAUGCGUGUACGUUAAGCCUGGCUCAAAUAUUAUUGGAGGUGUGGACUUCGACGUUUUCUACGACAAAUGCGGCACAAAGCCGGACCACGCGGGAAGCUUCUAUGAGAAUACGAUAGUAAUUCAGUAUGGGCAGGAUGUUAUUGAGGCAUGGGAUGAAGCAAAACGGCUUCGUUGCGAGUGGCAUGAUGCCUACGAGAAAUCUGCGCUAAAAUCCCCCACCAUUCAGUUAGCAGACCUUGAAGUGCAGGAGCUUAAUUUCCAAGGAGAUAACAUCGGUUGCUGGAUGGAAAUCCAAGAAGGAAAGGGUCCUUGGGCUCGACAAGUAUCCUCGAUCGUACCUUUAGGAGCACCCCUCACGAUGGUUGUGGCUAUCGCGGAUGAUAACGCUGAAUUUGACAUGCGAGUAAAAUCCUGCUGGGCCCACGAUGGUCGUAGACCUCCGUUGCAUCUAACAGAUGAAGAAGGUUGCGUGUUAAGGCCAAAGAUGCUCACACCAUUCGCGAAGGUUAAAGACACCCAAGGGGGCCACGCAAGUGUCGUCAGUUACUCACAUUUCUACGCAUUCAAGUUCCCGGACACCAUCGAGGUACAAAUGCAAUGCGUCGUAGAAAUUUGCAGGAAUGGAUGUCCUAAGGACUGCCAUGCGCCCACUGAUGACCAUUAUGCCGCCAGCUCGAAUCUUAUCGUCGACAAGCGUCCACCAUCGCCAUUCCUCAAAGCUGUCACUCGACCUCCUACGACAACAUCGACAGGCAAAUCACCAAAUUUCGUACCAAUUUCUUUACCACCGCCUCGAGUUCAUCAUCCGCACUUCAUACCACCCCCACCAUCACAGCGACCCCUGGUCGCUCCGCUCCGAACGCCAGCACCUAUUUUGGCCACUGCACAGUCCCCCCUCGUCAGCCUGCACGCACCAGCUACAGAAUCGACUCACACGGUUCGAAAUGGGGAUAAAAGCACUGAUCCUGCUCCCGUAUACGUACCGACGGAACAGGCCAGCCAAGGAAACUCCGCCGAGGAGGAGGACUCGUCGGCGGACGCCGACGCUUCGGAAUCAUCUGCUGAAUCGCAUAUUACUGUCGCUGGAUUCAGUAGUUCGGAUCAAGACAACACUUUGAGACGCUUUUCAGCUGUGCGCCAUUAUCCGCAAGGUGGCACUGGAAGCGUCGGUGAGAACAAUCGACUAGGACACUACUGGCAGCAGCAGCUUGUCUCCAUUCGGCCAAGAAACGUCCGUGUUCGGAGGAACGUCGACGCGCUGGGUGUACGCGGCUCAUUCCGGGUAGUGGCUGCACAGGAUCUGGCGUUUGCACCCAACAUGACAGCAGACGACCCUGCUAUUGUUUAUGCACAUGCCGGCGAUGUCGUUUAUGGAACUGUAUGCCUAUCAGCUCUAUCCUUGGCCGCUGGCCUCGGCCUUCUCGGCCUAUUGGGUGUAUGCUGUGCAUGUAUAGCAGCUUACCUGUUCUGGGUACUUCGCACGUAUAGCGCACUCAAUCGCAAUAAAUGCAGCAUGAGUUGAAGGGUCAAUGUAUAGAAGCUGGUGAAGGAAUCCGACAUAUGUAAUUGAAAAACUUAGUUUAAGUUAGGAAAAUCUAUUGCCGGUUCCAGAUAUUCGUCGAGUCCAGCGAGUUUGUCAAAUGAGACGCGUUUAAGCAUUAAGCAUUUAUGGGCCUAAAGUACGACCGUAUUUCAAAACAAUGUUUUCAAGAACUUGGCUGACAUGAAACUUCAUAUACGCCUAUUGAAUGAAGACGAAAGUUACUGACUACGAGCACUUUACGAUGUUUACUUGGCUAAUGCCAAAGGUCACCAACUUAGUGUCGAUAUGAUUGGCAUUUCUACAUCAUGGAGCAUCCUUACCAGUACAGACGUGUACACAAUAGAUAUAUUUAUGCAUUUCUAUUUUAGCGAAAUUGAAGUUUAUGUCGGUGUUCACUAAAAAAAAAAACCACAAUGUAACCGUUCCAAGUCAACUUUCAGGGGGUAUUCUUCAUUUGUAGACGUAAACAACAGCAUGGUUAAAUAUGCUAUGAAGUUUGAUUUCGAAGCUGCAGAAACACUGAAGUUAAUAGAGGUUGUGAAAGAAGAAAUGUGUUUAAUUAGCCGAGGCUGACAAUAGGCGCUAUUUCUCCAUACGCAUUGAUAUAUUAAUAACAAUGUAUGCAGUGAAACAAUGACGAUUUGUUUAUGUCUGUAUAUAGAGCGAAAAUGCAAAGCUAGCGGCCGUUGUAAGUUAACGGGAUGACGUGUAUCUUAACCUAUUGAUUUACAUAAACAAUUCAUGGCAAAAAUCAACAAUCAAUGCAAUGAGCCAGAUCGGUUACGAUUUACCGCUGCAGGCUGCUGCGAAGGAACGAUAGUUUACUAUUAGCAGACGACGAUCGGCAAUUGACGGUGUCCAUGAGCAAAAAAAAAACUGCGUAUGUACAUGUACAUAUAAUAAUAGAAGUUAUGCGCACAGUUACUCCUGGGCAAAUUAUUUGUAAGUAGUUGGAAUAGCACCUAGUAUUAUUAACAAAUGUGCUCAUUAUAUUGUUUAAUAAUUAAUCACGCUCCUUUUUUGUGUAUGUAUAUAUAUAUAAAAAAGACAAUACCCGUCUACCGGCGCGUCAACCAGGAAGCACAAACGAAAACGUUCACCAGCCAUUUGGCGGAUCACUUACGGCACACUUCGCUUCAAUUAUAUGACCAUAUCGUUGCGGUCUUGUUCCCGCGGUGCACGUUCAAAAGCGGCACUGCGUCAUUUAAACGCUUCCAGCGACGCGUAUAAAAAGCCUUCGUAGGGCUUUUACCUGCACUCUAUCGUUCUCUAAACGGCUUUCGGGGUAUACGUCGCUGCGCUAAUGCGUUUUAAAUCAACGGCCGAACGACGUCCAACGGCAGUAGUGAGGAGUGGCGACGGCGUCAACCGCCAUAUUGGAUACCUUUUCGAUAAAAAAAAAGUACAAAGGUCAAACAAAGUCAGUUCACGUAUUUAGCUGUGUGUGCUGAUCUAUAAUAUAUUAUACAUCUGAUAAAAACGGGCCUUUUUUUUAUUACAAAAUUAUAUACAUAUAACUACGUGUCCUGUGUAUACGGCAAAGUGCAAACGAUGUAUGCGCAACAAGCGUAUACGCCCUGUAGUGCGUUUCAUAGACAACUGCGAUUCACGUUUACUAUUCAGACUGGUUAGGAAUAUGUUUUUUGAUUACUUGAAGAUCGCUCGCUGUUCGUUUUUUCUUUGCUAAAGAAAAAAAAAAACGAGGUACGACUAUGCACUUCAUUGAAGGGUAUUUACUUAAGGAUAGCUUACUCAUUCCGCUGUUCCUGUUGCCGUCAGCUGUUGUGUGCACAUCAGUGACUGGCUUUCGCAUCUGCUCUUCAGCAAGCCUAUUAAAGGAUUCUGUUAUCCACAACACCGAUGCACAGUCGAUUCUGGGAUGGAAGGAUAUAGGAGAUAUGGGCAAAGGCUGACGCCUCACCAAUGGCAGCCGAUAACAGGAACUCAACAGAGACAGUAGUGCCUAAUUUUUUUUAGCGAUUAUUGUCCUAAGCAGAAUCCGAGCUGGCGAAUAUUCGAUGAGUUGCGCAGUUCUUGACAGGAACCUGCCACUGCAGCUGUUGUGUACGCUCGUGGUGGUGCCGGACGUUUUUAUAGCUUACACACUAACUCACUGGCUUAUUCACGCUUUUUUUUCAAUCCUGAAAGAAGCUUACAAAAACUACAACGACAGCCGGCGCAGUAACACA